AUGAGCGGAGCUCAAUUAACAGAUAGAGCUAACAAAGCUCUUGUUGACGCCCAUGCUCUAGCAGAGCAGCAUGCCCACCCCCAACUCCUCCCCAUCCAUCUCGCAGUCUCUCUCCUCGACCCUCCUCCCGAUGAAUCCAAGGACCAGCAAGUAACCACACAUCCCUCGCACCAAUCCAGUUCGGCUUCUCUUUUCAAACGAGUUGUUGAAAAAGCCCAUGGAGAUCCCCAGCAACUAGGCCGGUCGUUGAACAGGUCCCUAGUCCGGCUACCUUCCCAGGAUCCCCCACCAGAGACCGUCGCCCCAUCACCAGCGAUAUCAAAGGUUAUUCGAUCCGCUACCAAUCUAUCAAAGACACAGAAGGAUAGCUAUGUUGCCAUUGACCAUCUCAUCGCUGCGCUGGCGCAUGAUCCGACGAUCCAGCGGGCGCUUGCAGACGCAAAUAUCCCGAAUGUGAAGAUGAUCGAUUCUGCCAUCCAGCAGAUCCGCGGGAUGAAGCGGGUGGACUCGAAAACAGCCGAUACAGAAGAGGAGAGCGAGAACUUGAAGAAAUUCACGAUUGAUAUGACGUCGAUGGCCAGAGAAGGGAAAAUUGACCCUGUCAUUGGUCGGGAGGAAGAGAUCAGAAGAGUGAUUCGGAUUCUCAGUCGACGGACAAAGAACAAUCCAGUCCUUAUUGGCGAGCCAGGAGUGGGGAAAACAACAGUUGUGGAAGGCCUGGCUCGUCGGAUUGUUAAUGCCGAUGUCCCUGCAAACCUGUCGAACUGCAAGCUCCUGUCCCUCGAUGUUGGGUCCCUUGUUGCUGGUAGCAAGUAUCGUGGUGAGUUUGAGGAGAGGAUGAAAGGGGUUUUGAAAGAGAUCGAGGAAUCAAAAGAUACUAUCGUCUUGUUUGUUGACGAAAUCCAUCUUCUCAUGGGGGCUGGCUCUAGUGGAGAAGGUGGCAUGGACGCUGCAAAUCUGCUGAAGCCCAUGCUUGCUAGAGGCCAACUCCAUUGUAUUGGCGCAACUACCCUUGGCGAAUACAGGAAGUACAUUGAGAAGGACCAGGCCUUUGAACGUCGAUUCCAACAGGUUUUGGUCAAAGAGCCUUCAGUGAGCGAGACGAUUUCUAUCCUCAGAGGACUGAAGGAGAGAUACGAAGUUCAUCAUGGCGUUAAUAUCCUCGAUGGAGCUAUCGUAUCAGCUGCGAAUCUGGCUUCUCGUUAUCUUACCGCCCGAAGACUACCCGACUCAGCCGUUGACCUUAUUGAUGAAGCGGCUGCAGCUGUCCGUGUCACAAGAGAAUCACAGCCUGAAGCUCUCGAUACACUGGAGCGCCGUGCCAGACAACUCCAGAUCGAAAUCCAUGCGCUUGAACGUGAAAAGGAUACAGCGUCGAAGACACGGUUGGAGACUGCAAGGCAGGAGGCGGCUAAUGUUAACGAAGAGCUACGACCAAUGAGAGAAAAAUACGAAAGUGAAAAGCAGCGGAGCAAAGAUAUACAGGAUGCUAAAAUUAAAUUAGAUCUUCUGAAAGUAAAGAGGGACGAGGCAACUAGGUCGGGGGAUACGCAAACCGCUUCGGAUCUCAUCUACUAUGCGAUUCCCGAUGUUGAAAAGCUCAUCGAACGGCUGGAGGCCGAAAGAGCUCGGGUCGACGCGGAACUCUCCACGCAACCUGGAGGAGGAGGGGAAACCCUCCUGGCAGACGCUGUUGGGCCUGAACAGAUUAAUGAAAUCGUGGCUCGAUGGACCGGUAUUCCCAUUACCAGACUUAGGACUACCGAGAAGGACAGGCUCCUGCAUAUGGAAUCUCACCUUGCUAAAAUAGUUGUUGGCCAGAGAGAAGCCGUCCAGUCUGUUUCUAACGCGAUUCGACUUCAACGUUCCGGCCUCAGCAACCCUAACUCCCCACCAAGUUUCCUCUUCUGCGGUCCUUCCGGGACAGGUAAAACACUGCUUACAAAAGCAUUGGCUGAAUUCUUGUUCGAUGACUCCAAAGCCAUGAUUCGAUUUGAUAUGUCUGAAUAUCAAGAAAGACAUUCUUUGAGCCGAAUGAUUGGCGCGCCUCCGGGCUACGUUGGACAUGAUUCUGGCGGCCAGCUAACGGAAGCACUUCGCCGCCGGCCAUUUUCCAUUCUGCUCUUUGACGAAGUGGAAAAAGCUGCGAAGGAAGUCUUGACCGUCCUGCUUCAGCUGAUGGAUGAUGGAAGAAUUACAGACGGCCAAGGAAGAAUCGUCGAUGCGAAGAACUGUAUCGUCGUGAUGACUUCUAAUCUCGGCGCAGAAUUCCUCCAACGUCCUACCGGCACGAAUGGUCAAAUCGAACCAACCACCAAAGAGCUUGUCAUGGGCGCGCUGCGGAACUACUUCCUACCCGAAUUCCUCAACCGAAUCUCCAGCAUCAUUAUCUUCAAUAGACUAACGAGGCGGGAAAUCCGGAAGAUCGUCGAUGUCCGACUGCAGGAGAUUCAGCGGAGGCUCGAGCUGAAUGAUCGCUCGGUGACGAUAGAAUGCACGGACGAGGUCAAGGAUUACUUGAGUAAUGCCGGCUACUCGCCAGUGUACGGUGCCAGACCGCUAUCGCGACUCAUCGAGAAGGAAGUCCUCAACCGCCUUGCGGUGCUGAUCCUAAGGGGAAGCAUCAAGGACGGCGAAACUGCCCGCGUAGUUAUGGAGAACGGGCGUGUAGCUGUGCUUCCAAACCAUGCUAAUACCGAAAGCGAAGAUGAGGAGAUGAUUGACGAAGAUCAGGCACUCAUGGAGAUGGAGGAGGACUUGGGCGAACAAGACCUUUAUGAGAAGCCGCCGUCAACAUCAACACCUUCGCGUUCAUCAAGCGGUGACGAACUAGUCAGAGACUCUGGCCACAUUAGUAAACGUCGCAAAGUCAGUUCAGAAACAAUUGAUCUGACAGUUAACGAUAAUGAUGAUGAGGACGACAACGGGAAACAUGGUGCGAGAUCAAAAGAUGCGCCCAAGGUGGCCAGGGUGCCCAAGCCAAGCUCAAAUCUCAGAGAUCCUGACCGAAGGCCUCUGAUCCCGAAGUGGAAUCUACCGAUGGAGGUGCAUGUAGAUGAUGGCGGUACGUCGGUGACGGAUGGAGGGAUGGAGACAUACUACAACGUUCUUUGGCGAAAACCUACAGCCAAAAAGCACAAAACAUGGGAUGGCGAUGGGAUAUUAGCUGUCUGUGGUGGUUAUGCGUCCUUAAAGGACAUUUCUGGACGGCAUUUCGGAAGAAUCAUGUUCAAUUCUCCCCUACUACCGGGUUCGACAUUAUCGAUUGGUGGAAAGGAAGUUGAGGUUGAUUCUGUCCUGUCAAAGAAGGAGUAUCUCUCCGGUCGAACAUUUCUAGGGAUAGCUAAACCGUCACCUGCGACUAUACCUAUCGACAGAGCCAUGGAGUACCCGAGAGAUUCAGGUCCUAUGUCCAGCAUAUCAUCCGCUAUAUCGACAAAUGGUACGAUUCGACUACCCCCUAGAACCAAAAUUAAACGUGAGAAUGGACAAAAUGAAGGAGAAAAAAGGCCCCUUAACAUAGCUGCGCCCAGAAGCUAUGCGACGAAGAAUGCCUUCAGAAAUCCACUCAAAGAAAGCACUGUCCUAGUGGAGAUAUCACCAAGCGGUAAUCCCGUUCCACGACAUGAUCCUACAGCUCCCGGUGCAGUAAUCAUGAAACGGCCAACAUUAGUACCGAAAGGUAAACAAGUUGUCGAUGUCGUCCUAGACCCACUUUUGGGUAAACACCUUCGGGAACAUCAGCGAGAGGGAGUCAAAUUUCUCUACGAAUGCGUUAUGGGUAUGCGCGCUUUCAAUGGCGAAGGAGCCAUCCUCGCUGACGAAAUGGGCCUAGGCAAAACCCUGCAAACCAUAGCGCUUAUAUGGACUUUAUUAAAACAGAACCCGAUAUACGAGGCUCAACCAGUCGUUAAAAAGGCCCUGAUAGUUUGUCCAGUGACGUUAAUCGAUAACUGGAGAAAGGAAUUCCGGAAAUGGCUAGGAAAUGAACGAAUCGGUGUAUUCGUGGCUGAUGCCAAACGGACCAGGCUUACCGAUUUCACAAUGGGAAAAAGCUAUAGCGUUAUGAUCAUCGGGUACGAACGUCUUCGAACCGUACAAGAAGAGCUGUCGAAGGGCUCUGGCAUUGAUAUUGUCAUUGCAGACGAGGGGCAUAGAAUGAGGACUGUACAGAACAAGAGUGCGCAAGCUAUACAAUCGUUAAAUACCUCACGGCGGAUCAUUCUUUCUGGAACCCCGAUCCAGAACGAUCUAACUGAGUUCUUUGCGAUGGUUGACUUCGUCAACCCCGGCCUUCUAGGAACAUUCAAAAUGUUCAUGAAAGAAUUUGAAGGGCCGAUCGUCAAGAGCAGACAGCCCGGUGCUUUGAAAAAGGACAUCGAAAAAGGAGAAGCAAGGAGUGAAGAACUAGCUAACCUAACGUCGUUAUUUAUUUUAAGACGUACCGCCGAUAUCCUCUCAGAAUACCUGCCGCCUAAAACCGAAUAUGUCCUUUUCUGCAAUCCUACUUCUUCUCAAAAAAAUAUCUAUCGCCACGUUCUCACUUCUCCAGUUUUUCAAUCCGCUUUGGGAAACUCAGAAAGUGCUCUCCAGCUCAUCACCAUUCUCAAAAAGUUAUGCAAUAGCCCUUCCCUCCUAAACCCUAGAAACUGUGAUGAAACUCCCAAUUCUACCCUCAGCGCCUUAGUUUCCAGUCUCCCGCCAAAUAUUCUUCGACACCUAUCUCCCUCCUCAAGCGGUAAAAUCAGAGUUCUUGACCAGCUACUCCAUAAUAUACGCCAUACUACUUCCGAAAAGGUUGUGCUUAUCUCGAACUACACGUCCACCCUUGAUCUCCUUGCGACACUUCUCACUUCACUCUCCUUGCCCUUUCUCCGUCUUGAUGGCUCAACUCCAGCUUCAAAACGCCAAGGGCUUGUCGACGACUUCAACCGCUCUUCCUCAUCUUCAGUAUUCGCAUUUCUUCUCUCAGCCAAAGCUGGGGGGACAGGUCUCAACCUUAUUGGAGCCAGCCGGCUUGUUCUUUUUGAUGUUGACUGGAAUCCCGCAACAGACAUGCAGGCCAUGGCGCGAAUACAUCGUGAUGGCCAGAAACGACAUUGUCGAAUCUAUCGACUUUUGUUAAAGGGAGCGCUGGAGGAGAAGAUUUGGCAGAGACAGGUGACUAAAAUAGGAUUAGCAGACAGCGUGAUGGAUCAAAAGAAGGGCGUCUCACAAUUUUCGCGCGAGGAACUCAAGGAUUUAUUUCGACUUGACGAAGGGACUACGUGCCAGACCCAUGAUCUACUCGGUUGUGAAUGCGAUGGCAGGGGAGAAGGAGAAACGGCAUCCAAGCUCCACAAAGGAGACAUAAUUGACGUUUCCAAAUCUGAUAACGAACCCGAUACUUCAGAUUCAGCUGAGGACGACGAGGACGAGGACGAGAGUAUGGAUUUCGCAAAGUUGAUAAAGGCAUCGCAGCUCCAGACCCUAACCUCUGAAAAUACGACGAACGGAAAUUUUUCUAGCAAAACUAAGAAGCGAAAAUCUAAAAUGCGUUCCUUGAUGCAGUACUCCCACAUCGAUACUUCACUACUCUGUGAUACACCAUCACCCGAUCAAUCUCUGGAAGACUUUGACUCUGACAACAACAACAACAACAACAACAACAACAACAACAACAACAACAAGAAGAAGAAGAAGAAGAAGAACCUCGAGGCUCAUGUCGACGACGAUGUUCUCCUCUCAUUGCUCAAAGAGGAAGGCAAUGGCGUAGGAUAUUUGUUCAAAAAAUCCGGAUCUUCUGGGAUACCCCUGAGCCACAUUUAACUUUCCUCUUUCCUUUGUUUACUAUUACAUAUGUUUGAAAUGAUUGGAUCCUUUAUUCAAAUUUACUUAUUUCGUAUGAUGGCGAUAGACAUGAGCAUCCUUAUGUUAUUUAUUCAUUAGACAUGACUCCUUGGUCUCGACGCUGCAGCAUACUUUGCGCAUCACUCUCAUUAAUUUUCGUUGCACAUUUAACUAGAGAUGGAAUACGCGCGAAUUUAUAGAACUUAGAUCAAAACUAAAAGAUAGAUAACUAGCUACAGCAUUUAUUACUUAGUUCAAUUCUCGUCACGACACUGUAGAUGCAUCAAUACACUGUAGAUGAUGACAUCGACAUAUAAAUUAAUCGAACAUAAUGUAUAUGUAUUACCGAGGAAAUAUGCCAAACAAAAGAAAUAGAUAGACGCUUCC